CCGCUGUCAGUCUUCCCAAACUGGGCGCUUGUUUUCUGUCCCACCGGAGAAAGGAGCGACCCAGCUUUACAUAACUGAAAGGUCAGUGCUCACUGCUAGCGGCUAACGCGGGUCAAAACAGCUCAAGCCAAACACCCAGUGCCUUCCGCCCGCAGUAGAUCUAGCCUGGAGAUGCCGCGCGAGAUCAAAUUCAAGCUGUGAAACAAUGCAUUCUGAUUGACAUCAGCAGCAGUAACUGUCCAUCAUGAACAGCGAGGAAGAGUUCUAUGAUGCUGAGACAGGUUUAGAAUCAGACGACUCGUGUGAAGUCAGCUUUAAAGAUGCCUGUGUCUAUGAGAGCAAGCAGACGGUGAAUGGCAAGGUGCCAUCUGAAAAUGGAGUAUGGGAGAGGCGGACUACUCUGCCAGCGCCCAUGUUCUCCAGAAAUGAUUUUAGUGUAUGGGGCUUUCUGAAGAAAUGCAUUGGAAUGGAGCUGUCCAAGAUAACAAUGCCUAUUGUUUUCAACGAACCGCUGAGCUUCUUGCAGAGGAUUACAGAGUACAUGGAACAUACAUACCUCAUUCAUAAAGCUUGUACACUUUCUGAUUCUAUAGAGCGGAUGCAGCUUGUUGCCGCAUUCGCCAUUUCUGCUGUUGCAUCACAAUGGGACAGAACUGGGAAACCUUUUAACCCUUUAUUAGGAGAGACUUUUGAACUUACAAGGGAUGAAGAGGGUUACCGCAUGAUCUCAGAACAGGUGAGCCACCAUCCACCAAUCAGCGCCUUCUAUUCAGAGUCACUCAAUCAGGACUUCUCAUUUCACGGCUCCAUCUACCCUAAACUGAAAUUCUGGGGGAAGAGUGUGGAGGCAGAGCCUAAAGGCACUAUGACACUUGAGCUCUCCAAACACAGAGAAGCUUACACAUGGACGAACCCUAUGUGCUGUGUGCAUAACGUUAUUCUGGGUAAACUGUGGAUUGAGCAGUAUGGGACAGUGGAGAUUGUCAACCACAGCACUGGGGACAAGUGUGUGCUGAAUUUUAAGCCAUGCGGCAUGUUUGGCAAAGAGCUGCAUAGGGUAGAGGGACAUAUCCAGGACAAGAGUAAAAAGAAGCAUCAGGUUAUCUAUGGGAAGUGGACUGAGUGCGUGUAUAGCAUUGAGCCAAAAGUCUACGAAGCCAACAAGAAAGCAGAGAAGAAAAGCGGAGGAGAUUCCAAGAAACACAAGCAGGAGCAGAGUACAGGGGGUGAUGAUGCAGAUGAAAUGCCAGAUGUUCAGGAGACAGUCACUAUGAUCCCAGGCAGUACGCUGCUAUGGAGAGUAGCCCCUCGACCGCCAAACUCAACACAGAUGUAUAAUUUUACCAACUUUGCCAUGACGCUUAAUGAGCUGGAGCCUGGCAUGAUUGGAGUCAUUGCACCGACAGACUGUCGCUUGCGACCUGACAUCAGAGCUAUGGAGAAUGGGGAUAUUGAUACUGCAAGUCGUGAGAAGGAGAGAUUGGAAGAGAAGCAGAGAGCUGCCAGAAGAGAGCGUGCUAAAGACGAGGAAGAAUGGUCUACGAGAUGGUUCCAGCAGGGCAAGAAUCCUUACACUGGAGCUUCAGACUGGAUCUACAAGGGUGGUUAUUUUGACAGGAGAUAUCCUCACCUUCCAGACAUCUACUGAUUCGGUUAGGAAGACUGAAAAAUCUUGAGAUUCAUCCUUUGCUCUCCUUCACUCAAUCCAUAUCAUCUCCUCUCCUUAAGCUCUUUUCAUAUUUUUCAUUGGAAUGUGAGAUUCAUAUGAACAGUUUUUGAACAAAGCCUCUCCAAGAGUUCUACUCUUUACUAGAAUCUGGAAAUUCAGUGUGAACAGAUUUAUUUAUUUUAAAAGGUAGGGAAUACCUUAAUUAUUUAGUUUUUUUUUCUUUAUGUAUGUUAGUGUAAACAUUCUGUGCAAACCUUAGUAUGUUUAGAAAUUGCUAGUUUAUGUACAGUAUGUGCUAACUUACCUUUCCAUGCGUCUUGCUAGUUACACUCAGGUGUUCAUUUUAUGGGUACAAGUGGUUAGUGAUGGCAUCACUGCAGUGCCAUCUGUGAAGAUUUUUUGUGUCAUUAUUAUAAUGUGAGGCUGCUCAGAACCUAUUAGGAGAGCAUAAUUUUGUGUUUUUGUUCAAACUAAUGCUAUUUUAUCAUCUCUAUAAUAUGCUUUUUCCUUAUCUCAAAAAUAUGACCUCUGUUUUUGGUAUGCAUGAUGUGCAGGAACUUCACAUUUAAAGAUUCUGCCUGAUUUUGAGUACCUGGAAUGAAAACGAGUUUAUUUUUCUGAAUUAUCCCACUUUUUGUUUUACCAUAAAUUACGGUUAUAUCUCACUGAUUAGGCUCUUGGGCAAUUUCUCACCAUCUCCAUUGUACAGGGGAGUUUACUAAACCUAAUAUUCUCAUUCCUCACACAUUUAGAUAUAUUUUAGAUCUGUUUAGUUUUUGUUUGACAGACAAAAAUGAAAGCUGCUCAUGAAAAAUGUUUACGGGUUAAAAAAAAGGGUGUUUUUUUAAUUGUUAAAAAACUCAUAAAUAACACAAAACCUAUUGCUGUUUUGAGUGUUUAUGGUUGCCAAAGAGACUUUUCUCUUAUAGAAACUAAAGCCAUAUAACUCGUCAGGACUGCGUUGUUGAGUGAUACAUCCUUGUGAAUGAAAUGGAGAUGGGUGCUAAUCUUUCUUUUUAUUUCAGCACUUAAUGGCUCACGAAUGUCACACACACACACACACACACACACACACACACACACACACACACACACAUAUAUUCAUGUGUACCAAAAAUGCUCAGAAUGUGUUCACAUGCUUUCUGCCAUACAGCAAAUUUCAUUCUGCAAGGACUCAUUUUUUUCAUACAAAUCGUAGACAAGAUGACCUCAGAGGAUCAUGAAAGACACCGCUGUCUUUAAUUUCGAAACUUUAAACAAUACUGUGAUUUUAACACUCACAAAUCUCAGAAGCUAUGCAAACAUUGAUGGGAAUGUCUGUCUGUUUAUGAAUUGUACAAUUUAAUGUGUCAAUAAGCUCCACUGUUUAUGUAAAAUACUUUGGUUAACCUAGCGCAAAGGUGUCAAGCAUGCUAGUACUUUUUCUGAUGGUUUUUCACACUAUUAUUGGCUGUUUUUCACAGCAUAAAGUUGGUUAGGUGUGACUGCAGUGAUUAAUAACACUGUUAUAUAGUUAUUAGAAAUGGUUAUCAUCUACACUUAAUGGAAGCUCAUCAUCUGCUGUGUAGCACAAUAUUUUAUUUAUCUUUAAUUAGAAAUUACAAAUGCCAAGCUUCGGGCCAUGGCAUACUUUAAAUGAAAGAGUUAACUACAAUUUAUUUCCCUCUGUAUUUUCUACACUAUAUUGUGGCAUGUCUAAACAUAAAUUAUUUAAUCUCACUAUCAAUGCUUACUAGCGGUUAGAAAUAUGAGUAUAUUAUUCCACCAGCUUCUAACGUAAAGUCUUUUAAAGCCCUUAAAAUCAUGAGACAUUAAAAAACAACUUAUCCCCAAUUGUCUCAUGAUUUUGUGCCAUGUUCAUCAGCGAUUCCUGUAGCAAUCACAUCAAGUUAAUACACAAGUAAAUCUGGUCACAGUGAAUGCAACUAUGUAAAGCAAACAUACACUAAGAAUUUUCAAGUCAUUCUGUCUGUGUUCUUAUUAAGCUGUUGAUAUUGGUCGGGACACUAGGGAUCGAUCGUUUCUGUUGUGAAUUUCACAGAUAGAAGCCCAAAUUUAUACCACUGUGGUGCUAUGAUUGAUUUACAUAAUUGUACAUGAUGUAUUGUGACUUUUUACUACAUUUGUAUAGAACACAUGAAAUGCACUUAAACGGUCUUAUGAAUCUGCUCAUUUGUAAACUAGCAAUAUUAAUAAUAUAUGUGAGUACUCACUAAUUAAAGAAAUUUCAUUUUGCUCUUUUGUGUUUAAAGGGAAUUGACAAGUAUCAGUUCAAAAUUUCUGACAAAAAACAUUUGGGAGAAGCUUCAGCUUCAGGCAUAUGUUUGAUGGUGAGAACGUUUGUGAAAUAUUAUGUUGUUUUGCAUUAAUUUGACCUAAAAUGUGAACUGAUCUUCAUCAAAGUCAAUGUCAUUAAACACAUAACAGAAAAAGAAAA